AUGGUUGAUCGUAAUCAGAAUAACGAUAUUUCUAGAAGAUUGUUGGGCGUGAUGCAGAAGACUGGAUAUCCUAUCGUCCAACACAAUGGGCAACGAAAGUUUGGUCCACCGCCAGACUGGACGGGACCCCCACCGCCAAAAGGCUGCGAAGUAUUUGUUGGCAAACUCCCCAGGGACAUAUUUGAAGACGAACUCGUCCCGAUAUUCUCUUCUGUCGGCAAAAUCUACGAGUUACGACUGAUGAUGGACUUCUCCGGCUCCAACAGGGGUUACGCCUUCGUCACGUACACCACAAAAUCUGAGGCCACUACCGCUGUUCACGAGCUAAAUAACUACGAAAUAAAGCCACGGAAGCAUAUAGGGGUGGUUAAGUCUGUAGACAAUUGUCGCCUUUUUAUAGGGAACCUUCCGAAGAAUAAAACUAAAGAAGAGGUGUUCGAGGAGCUGUCGAAUCGGGUGUCCGGUAUCGUCGAUGUGAUAAUUUACAAGAAUUGUUCCGAUAGGCGCCAAAAUAGGGGCUUCGCUUUCGUGGAGUUCACAUCGCACAGGGCGGCAGCGAUGGCCCGGCGCGCGCUAGUGCCGGGCUGCGUGAAGCUGUGGGACCGGGAGGUGCAGGUGGACUGGGCAGAACCAGAGCCAGAUAUUGACGACGAGAAGAUGAAACUUGUAAAAGUUUUAUACGUUCGUAACUUUGAUAUUCGGACAUUACCCGAAACUAUAAAAACGAUAUUCGAAACUGCGAUAAGUAAUAAAGUCGAACGGGUAAAGAAAAUAUACGACUAUGCAUUCGUACAUUUCUAUGAGCGCGAACAUGCUGAGCUUGCUAUGGCGAAAUUGCAAAAUGCGGAGAUAGACGGGAGUAAUAUUGAGAUACGUUGGGCCAAGCCGGUCGAUCGCGACUUGUACCGUAUACAGAAACUAGGGAGAGGCAAUGCGAAGUUUAAUAAUAAUCUGGACUUGUCUCAAACUUUGAUGCUUUAUAAACAACACCUACAGAAGAAGGAAUACGCUAGCAGCCCUAAUGACGAAGGCAUCGGGUCGGCUUGCGCAGUGGAAUCUCCGUGUUGCUCGCCCAUUGAGUAUAAGCCAGCUUGUCAGACUGAUAGCUACACAAUGGCUCCAGCUAAGCUCGAGUCCAUGUGUAAAAGGUACUCCUGGAUGUCCCCAAUUUACAAAUACCAUAAAUACAUAGAUCCUACUGGAGAUGACUUAUGGGUUGGCAGCAUUGAGUUGCCACAUGUAGGCCAGCCUUUGCUGAAUCCACCGAGGGUGAUGGGUCCACUGAUCACCAGACCUUGCUACUCGAUACAACAAGCACAUGUUGAGGCUGCCGAAAUAGCACUUCAUUCCCUAAAGAUGCUAAGAGCGAACCUCAUACAGCGAUCCACACAUGUUUCUACACAAAUGUACCAAGCUGUAGUACCCACUGUGCCUAAUUGUAUCGGUGUACCCUGUGAUUAUAUGAAUCCCCAUCUAUUCACAAGAGCUGCACCCCCAACCCUACCUGUCUCUAUCCCAGCUAUAUGGUGAACUAGAUAUAAGCAGAUUUAAUUAAGACUUUAUUGCUGAGCCAAUAAAGAUUUAUUUUAAGUAACCAGUAAAAAAUAAAAAUUACAAUCAAAAUGUAAACUUAUUCAUGAAGAAAAAGGUUAUAUUUUGUUUCUCACAAGUUUUAGUGUAAGCUGUCCAAUUUAAUACAAUCAUGAAGAUUGUA